AAUGUGUCGUCUGCUCUCUCACAUGUUGACAUGUGAGAAUUUAACAGUACGUCAUUAACUGUUUUCUCCUAUUUAAUAAUGUCACAAAAUUCACAAUACAAAGAGGAACAAUUGGGCGAGAUAUUCUCUCUCGAAUCAAUUUAUCCCGAUGAACUGGAAAUUCUGGAAGAGGAGCCAUUCCAUCAAUUUAAACUGCAAGUGAAAUCCGAAGGACACGAUGAAGAAGAAGGGAUCGGUUAUGCAUGUGACCUUAAAUUUACCUACACACCAACUUACCCAGAAGAAAUUCCAAUGAUUGAAAUCAUGGAUGAUGUAGGUUUGGAUGAUGAGCAGUUGGAAAGACUGAAAGACCGUCUUGAAAAAGAAGCUGAAGAUAAUCUAGGAAUGGUGAUGAUAUUCUCUUUAGUCUCCACUGCCAAUGAGUGGCUUAAUAAUGAAUGGGAUGCUGAGCUUAGGCGUCGGGAUGAGGAAGCAGAACGUAAAAUACUUGAAGCUGAAGAAGCAGAGAAUAAAAAGUGUCAUGGUACUGCUGUUACUGUGGAGAAUUUUCUACGGUGGAAGGCUGAGUUUGAUGCUGAGAUUGCUGCACUGAAGAAACCAGAGAAGGAAGACAAGGAUAAGAAGCUCUCUGGUAGAGAGUUGUUCAUGGUUGACAAAUCACUGAUUGAAUCUGAUUUGAAAUUCUUGGAAGAGGGUGGAGAAGUUGUCAAUGUUGAUGAAUCCUUGUUCCAGGAUUUGGAAGAUUUAGGUUUAGAUGAUGAACUUGUGUCAGAUGGAAGUGAUUAAAAUAAAAUACUGGCUAUUA